CACCCCUGAUUACUUCCGCUCUCGUCCUGCGCACCGAUUGGCUGCCGCGCCUGCUUCAAGCAGUACCCUUUAUCUCAGCAAUGCGACACCACAAAAUCCGUGGGACCGACAAGAAAGACAAUGACGGCACAAGCUGAGAGUCAUAUCGCCCAUCAUGUCUCAUUAUCUCAAAGAUGUUGACACAUCCACACUACGGUGUUCAUCACGUGCAUCCAUCCCCCCCACAAAACGACGUCAGCGGUAACUUGGCCUUGAAUUGAGCGAUCAAUCGCCCACAGUAAACAGAGAUUGUGCUCAAGUGAGAACUAAAACCUUUUUCUGGUUACUGGCUGAUCCUGAUCGGCGUCGAGCUAUCCAUUGCUUAAAGUCAACAUUGGCUACGGGGAUUGAACCCAGCUUACAACGCACAAAAGCCAUGCAAGAACAAGUUGAUCGAUUAGUUGAGAAGACUUGGAGGAAGUUCCAAGAUGUCAGUGGUUCGCAGCGUCUGUUGAUGGCAGUGGCUGGCAUACCAGGCUCCGGCAAAACAACGCUCGCAGUUAAGGUUUCCAAUGGUCUCAAUAAGAAGCAUGCGCAAAGCUCACCAGGAACGCACAAUGGCAACCCUGUUGCAGCCUUCAUACCGAUGGACGGUUACCACUUAUCACGCGCGCAGCUAGAUGGCAUGCCGGACCCACAGAAUGCACAUGCGCGAAGAGGGGCGGCAUUCACAUUCGAUGGUGACAAAUUUCUAGCACUGGUAAAGAAAUUACGAGAGCCGAUUCUUCCGGAGACACGAACACUGUAUGCGCCCAGCUUCGACCAUGCAAAAAAAGACCCUGUCGCGGACGACAUACCUAUCGCGCCCUCCGUGCGUAUCGUGAUCUUCGAAGGGAAUUACUGCUCCUUGAAUCACGGUCCUUGGAGAGAAGCGGCAGAGCUUAUGGAUGAGUUAUGGUUCGUCGAUGUCGACUUUCAAGUCGCUCGAAGGCGGUUGAUAUACAGACACGUCAAGGCAGGGAUUGCGCGAAACGAGGAAGAGGCCGCCAAGAGAGCAGAUGAGAAUGAUCUGGUAAAUGGGCAAGAGAUUAUAGAUUCGAGGCUAGAUGUGCAUGAGUUGAUUGAGAGUAAGGAGGAUCUAGAAUGGGCCCCAGAGUAUCAAGCUGCGGGCGGGGAUAAAUUCUAAGAGUUGAGUAAGCUGCUGAGUAUGACUAUUCAAGGCGUAUGAUAAUCACUGCAUUGCCUUGCCUGUCAUACU